AAAGUAAGAUAUAUUUAGCCAGUUAUAGGUAUUUUAAGUGAAAAACAUUUUUAAAAAUUUCAAAAUUCCCAGCCAACAUGUGGCACAAAAAAUAAAAUGGCUACGAUAUACCUUAGGUCAUAACACUUUUUAGGUUUGGUUCCAGGUUCAAUGAUGGACGUGAGUCUUAUUUUAAAUUAACCCAUCUAAAAAAUUAGAUUUAUCUUACCCCUAAUGGCUUUGCCUCCUAAAAUGUCAACAGAUGAUGUUUCCUGAAACCCAAUGAUUCUUGUGAUGGUUGUUCCCACAGCAAUUUUCCUUAAUGGCCUGGAUGAACAAACAAAAUCUAACAGUGCUAACAGAAUUCAGCCUAAUGGGAAUCAUAGACCAUCCUGAGCUGCAGGUUCCCUUCUUUGAGCUCUUCCUCAUCAUCUACACAGUCUCAGUGGUGGGCAACCUGGGCAUGAUCAUCCUCACCAAGGUGGACUCCAGGCUCCAAACACCCUACUUCUUCUUCAGACACCUGGUUUUCAUUGACCUUGGUUAUUCAUCAGCUGUGGGACCCAAAAUGUUAGUAAAUUUUGUAGCUAAUCAAAAUACAAUUCCCUAUAACUGGUGUGCUACGCAGCUGGCUUUCUUCAUCUUGUUCAUCAUCAGUGAGCUAUUCAUUCUGUCAGCAAUGGCCUAUGACCACUAUGUGGCCAUCUAUAACCCUCUGCUCUACAUGAUUGUUAUGUCACAGAGGGUGUGCUGGGUGCUGGUAGCAGUCCCUUAUGUCUACAGUGCCUUUCUGACAACCACCACAAAGAUAUUUAUGUCAUCCCUCUGUGACCAUAAUGUCAUUAGACAUUUUUACUGUGACAGUCUUCCCUUGUUAACUUUGCUGUGCUCAAGCACACAUGACAUUGAGUUGAUAAUACUGAUCUUUUCAGCAUUCAAUUUGGUUUCCUCCCUUGUGAUAGUGCUUGUGUCCUACAUCCUGAUCCUAAGGGCCAUCCUCAGGAUGAACUCUGCAGAGGGCAGGCACAAGGCCUUCUCCACCUGUGGAUCUCACCUGACAGUGGUCAUUGUAUUAUAUGCAACACUAUUCUUCAUGUAUGUGCAGCCCAAAUCCAGUCAUUCCUUUGAUACUGAUAAAAUUGCCUCUGCAUUUUAUACUUUGAUAAUACCUAUGCUGAAUCCCAUGAUCUACAGCCUGAGGAACAAAGAUGUAAAAGGUGCCCUGCAUAGGAUAUGGAAAAAUCUGCACAAACUGCCUAUAUACAAUUCAGUAUAG